AUGAUUUAUCGUCAAACCGGAAAUAGUUUUUCACUACUGAAUAAUUUAAAAGCUCAUCAGAAAAUACACACUGGUGUGAGAAAUUAUAUGUGCUUUGAGUGUGAGAAGACUUUUAUUAGAGCUUCACAUUUGAAACGGCACCAGAGGAUCCACACUGGAGAGAAACCUUACAAGUGUUCACACUGUGACAAGAGAUUCAUUCGGUUAGGAGACCUGAAAUCACAUGAGAGGAUCCACACUGGAGAGAAACCUUACAAGUGUUCACACUGCGACAAGCGAUUCAUUCUUUCAGAAUCCCUGAAAGCACAUGAGAGGAUUCACACUGGAGACAGACCCUACAUGUGUAAUCAGUGUGGUACGAGUUUCAAACAAAAAGCUCAACUUAAAGUGCACAUGGGAGUUCACACUGGAGAGAAACCGUUCACAUGUGAUCAAUGCGGGAAGAGUUUUGCACAAUCAGCAAAGCUGAAGAGACACAUGAGGAUCCACACUGGAGAGAAACUGCAUGAAUGUGAUCAAUGCGGAAAAACAUUGUUGUGGGAUUCAGAACUAAAACAGAACGAGAAGAUCCAUACUGGAGAGAAACCAUACAUGUGUUCACACUGUGACCAGAGAUUCAAUCACUCAGAAACCCUGAAAAGACAUGAGAAGAUCCACACUGGAGAGAAACCUUACACAUGUGAUCAGUGUGGGAAGAGUUUUAGACAGAAAGAUCAUCUUAAGGUGCACAUAAGGGUUCAUACGGGAGAGAAACCAUACCACUGCACUGCAUGUGAGAUUCGCUCAAUCAAGUUCUUUACACAAGCAUACGAAAAAAAUUCACAGUAAAUAGAUUAUCUUCAGAUCUACCAUUUUCAGGUCUGACACCACAUCAUUACCAAACAUGACAAAAUAAUGUGUUGGUCUAUCCAUUUGUAU